UUAUUUAAUCACACGAAUAUUUAAAAGCAAUUGUAAUCUCGCACACAAGCGACGCACGCAAUAUUAAUCGUUCCACGCGCACGGAGGCAGUUGGCGGAUGAAGUUUAAUACGAAGCUGUGCGUAGUGAACGCCUAGCGCGAGCAAUUAAAAGAGCAUAUUUAUUUACCUGUCGUCUUACUAGUACGCACACGUACAGACGCACACACACGCUGGCUAUAUCGAGCAUCCCUCAAGGACCAUCUCCACAGACCGUUCCCAAAAGAGCCUGCACGACGCAGUGGAAGAAUGGCCCUCUCGUUUAUUCUGUCGCUUCUCCUCGGGUCUUUUUCCCUCGCCGUGGCCUCACGUAAUACGACCGCAGGUUGUGCUAUCAUUCGCCCACCAAGAGAUGGAGGAAUCAGAUACAGGGGUCUGACACAGGAACAGAUCCGCAGUGUUCAGGUGUUGCCGGUGGAUUAUGAAAUCGAGUAUAUCUGCAGAGGGAACAGAGUGAUCGUGGGACCAAAGGUCAGGAAGUGUCUCCCUGACGGCACAUGGACUGACCUGAACCAGCGCAGUAAAUGCUUGCUGCCGUGUGCGCGGGUGUGGACGUCUCUGGAGAACGGCCGUGUGACGGUUCACCCUCCAGGCCCAGCGGUGGAGGGCACGAUACUGCACUACAGCUGUCUGGAGGGUUUCAUCCUGGUGGGCAGAAACAGCACUAAGUGCACUAAACUGGGCAAGUGGGACUCACCCAAACCUGUCUGCCACUAUGACAGACAUUAUACAGGUAAGAAUGUUUUUGUAUUCUUAUGUAUGAUAAGACCACUACCUGUUCAGCACAUCCAAUAA